AUGGCGCAGCCAACGGACCCUGCACCGCUGCUGCCACGACCGCGGCUUUGCACUCCAGCGGCUGUCCUUUAUUUUAUUGCAGGACUCUGGUCCACCCGUCAACUUGGAGGGGCCAAAGCAGAUCGAGAAUGGUACAUUCGAACGACCCUGCGAGAACUAUUGAUUUAUGUUGUCUUCCUCAUAGUGCUCUGCAUAUUGACCUUUGGCAUGAUGAGCCCUACUAUGUACUACCAAACAAAGGUUAUGAGCGACCUCUUUUUGGACUCUACCUACAAAGACAACACCAGCAACCUCAGGGGCUCGACUAGCCUUGAUAAUUUCUGGUCGUUUGUAGAGGAUGUGAUGCUGGGUGCUCUGUACUGGGAGAACUGGUACAACAACCAGAGCACAUUAGCUGAUGACCGCAACAUCCUGUAUGAAAAUCGGCUUCUGGGGAGCCCCCGUAUUCGUCAGUUGCGUGUGCGCAAUGACUCGUGCAAUGUCCACUCGGACUUCAAGAAGGCCAUCACCCAGUGCUUUGACAACUAUUCCCCGCACUUUGAGGACAAGGGACCCUUUGGGCUUAUGAAUGGCACUGCUUGGACAUACCACACUGAAAAGUCGCUGAAUGGGGCGGACCACUGGGGCCUACUAUCAUCUUACAGCGGGGCUGGCUACUAUGCUGACCUGGGCAUCACAAAAGAGGCAGCAACACAGGUCAUGGCCGAGCUCAAGGAGAACCUCUGGAUUGGACGUGCCACACGGGCUGUCUUUUUGGACUUCACUGUCUACAAUGCGAAUGUCAACCUCUUCUGUGUGAUCAAGCUGGUGUUUGAAUUUCCCGCCACGGGAGGAAUGAUUCCAUCGUGGAGCUUUCGCACAGUCAAGCUCCUACGAUAUGUGUCAGUUAGUGACUACUUCAUCAUGGCUUGCGAGUUCUUCUUCACGCUGUUCAUUCUCUACUACAUCGUCGAAGAAGUCCUUGAGAUCAAGAGCAACAGGACUAGUUACUUCAAGUCUAUAUGGAACAUCCUUGACAUCCUUGUCAUUCUGAUCUCUCUGGUGUGCAUCGGAUUCAGCAUCUAUCGUACUGUUAUGGUGAAUAAGCUUCUGGCUGGCCUGCUGGACAAGCCGGAUGAGUUCGCGGACUUUGGUCGUCUGGGUUUCUACCAGACACAGUUCAACAAUGCUGUAGCAUUGGCAGUUUUCUUUGCUUGGAUUAAGGUCUUCAAGUACAUCAGCUUUAACAAGACCAUGACGCAGCUUUCAUCCACCCUUUCUCGGUGUUCCAAGGAUGUGGCUGGCUUCAGCAUUAUGUUCUUCAUUGUGUUCUUUGCUUUUGCCCAACUGGGCUACCUUCUGUUUGGAACUCAAAUCCAAGGUUUCAGCUCCUUUGUAAAUGCUGUGUUCACUCUUCUGCGCCUGAUCCUGGGUGACUUCGAUUUUGAGGAAAUGGAAGCUGCCAACAGAGUUUUGGGCCCUAUUUAUUUCCUCAGCUACGUCUUCUUUGUCUUCUUCGUGCUCUUGAACAUGUUCUUGGCUAUCAUUAACGACACCUAUGCUGAAGUAAAAUCGGAGAUCUCGCAGCAGAAGAACGAGUUUGAGAUUGUUGACUACUUUAAGAAGGGCUACAACAACAUUCUUGGCAAGUUGGGCAAGCGUGAUCAAAUUGUGGACAUUCAGAAUGCACUCAAAAUGGCAGACACCAACCAUGACAACAAACUGACCUUUGAUGAAGUCCGCAAGACACUCAAAGCACAAAACUUCAGCGAUAUGGAGAUUGAGAUGCUGUUCUCCAAAUAUGAUGUGGACGGCAACCGUGAGCUGAAUGAGCAAGAAACAAAGGAAAUGAUGGCGCACCUUGAGGGACAGAAGGUUCUGCUUGACGAAGAGAUUCAGCGUGAAAAGACCUCUGGCAAUGACAGUGCUGGUGGUGGAGGUGGCAAUGGUGGUGGUGGUGAUGGGGGCGUCUCUUCUGACGAGUUUAACAUUCUGACCCGGCGUGUGGAUCGCAUGGAGCACUCCAUUGGUAGCAUCGUGUCCAAGAUUGACGCGGUACUGGUCAAAAUGGAAGCUAUGGAGAAAGCCAAAGCCAAUCGGCGAGACACUAUGAGCAAGAUCCUUGACACCAUCUCAGAGAAUGAGGGUUUGGAUGAGAAGGGCAAGCGUCAGCAGAUGGAGAAACUGGUUCGCGAGGAGCUUCAGCAUUGGGAUUCUGAUGCCUCAUUGCACACUCCACGGAGGGAGAGGAGCAACACACCUUGAGGCUAGACUGCUUUCGUCAAGCUGAGCAGGCGUGAAGAGAGAGAGAGAGAGAAAGGCAUCUGCCUUGUGCAGAGCGAACAGCAGAUAUUCGCACGAAGCAUCAAUCUCUCGUGAGCUUUGUUGUGGCAGGCUCUCUUUAGUACGCUACCUAACACUGUUGCUCACAAGCAUAAAUGCUUGCUUUGCCAGCUUGCAAAUUACUAUGUGAGAAAAGUUAACUGAAAGUUUACUUUUGGAAGAAUGUAUACUACCAGUUUAUGUGUGCUAUUGGCAGUUCCUCUAUUACAUAGUUCAUCUGUUUCAGCCUAGCUGACAGACCUCCGGUGUUCUGCCAUGGCAUUAUUGUCAAUGGCCCAGUAGGGUGCCAUUAGUACCAUCAGUAACACAUUUUGCCUGAAAGAGUUGUGGUAGCUUAGGGUUAAAUCUGUACUCAUUCAAAAUGGGCUCUUGCUGCCCUUAUUGUUGGCACUUUUACAGAGUUUACAGGUUUGAUGCAUCGUGCAAUGGGGCUUUGGUCUGCCUCAAACUUCUGAACUUUCUUUCUGCUUUAUUGAGAGAGCACCUGGAUUUGCACUACUGAGCUGUACUGUUUGUUUGUAUUUAACUAGUGUAGCUUGAGCCUUGGCAGGCUGCAUUGCCAAGUGGUCGUAGUGCAAACCAGUCCCAACUUUAGUGUGUCCAUCGUGUGCUUCUCACCUAGCUGAUUGAAAUAUAUGUCCCGUAUAUCACACAGCAACGUAAGUGAAGUUGGUGAUAAAAAAAAAGAGAUUUCUUCUUCUAAAGGACCUGCAAGUACAGUAAACAUGAGUGAAAAAGCAUAUGCUAAACACCAUCUACAGCAUUUCAGCAAUUAUAUGCAUUCCUGUUUAGAUGAGGCAGCUUUGCAGUCACAAUUGCACAUUGUUUUGGGAGCCUGAGUUUUUAGUAGAUGCUGUUACCUGCUUUUGAUGUGUGCUGGUUUUACUAUAGAGGGACAAAAAGUACCAUUCUCAUUCUGGCUUUGCAUGUAUAUUCCCAUUUCCCCCACACAUUUGCCUUGGCGCAUUAUAGCCUGCAUGGCUGCUACGCCAUAAAAAUCCCAAAUCAUCAUCACCCUCACAUUUGCUGUCAUUCACAAUGCUAGCAAGUUACAACUGAUAACUGUAGUUGUGGGAAGCCUGUUAUUGGACAGCUUUUGCCUUGUAACAUUGUUUGAAGUUGUUCAUUGUUUGCUUUUAUUAACCCCUGCUGACUGUUGCUGCUGUUGUCGCAGAAGCAAAAAUCGGCCAUCCCUUAUUCGUCCAGUAUUGGACUCAAAACUGCUGACCUUGAAGGUUCAGCAGGCACAACCACCUGACCCAAUAAUCACUACACCAUCCUAUUUAUUUACUUACUCUUUUAUUUACUUAUUUACUUAAUAAUUUAUUUAUUUAUUCUGCAUGCUAAAGCUUCAAAGGGGCUAUUAGAGGAGUAGAGAGCGUGAAGUGCAAUGCAUGAACAGAUUACACAACCAGACAUGACCGUGGAACCUGUUGGAACGUUGGUAAGGCUAGAUACAGCCAUAUUUAUUUCUAUGGGGCCUCGCAACACUGUGCCACACAGGUGUAAAUAUUUAAGUCAAACUGGCUGACAAAACUGAUUAUUUUUGCAUUUCCAUUUGAAACAGUCAGCAACUACAAAAAAAUUGCUCCCACACGGCAGUUAAGACAAUUAUCCAGAUGCGUUAGUCAGUUAGUUUCACCUGAAGUAGUACUUGAGGCAGUUGUUGUGGAUGAAAAUUGAGGCAGAUCGAUGAGAGAUAUGAGCUACAAUGUGUGCUAUCCAGCUCAUAAAAGAGAUCAUCGCCUUCUUCCAGUGGGCACAUGCACAUGCAAGUGUGCUCCCGUGUGUGAAAGUAACAGACCCCCUCCUUCGGUACUAAUUUAAUUUUUUCGUCAGCUAGAAAAGGUGUCAUUAUUUCAAGUUGAAAAUGUCCUUCAAGCAUGUGAAUGUGUACAGCCUAAGCUAGAGUGGACAGUAGCCGUUUCAUCAAGUGAUGCCCAAUCAUGGCUUGAAAAAUGUUGGAGGGUAUUUUACUUUUGCUCACAAUAGUACAUCCUUAUCAAAUUUCUACCCUGCUCUACGGGACAGUGGUGUGAUAUGUCACCUUGGUUCGGGGCCAGUUACCUCUUUCCUUACCGCGCCAUAGAUGACCAGUCGAUUUAUUUGAUGAUUUUAAUCAUGCUGUGAAACAAGGUCAGAACGAUUUGUGCACCACGUGCCGCCACGUGCAUAACCUGAAGGCUACCAUGUUUACUCGAAGAUGGGCUGAACGCAAAGAUGGGCAGACCCCUAUACAUUGAAUUCGCCGAGAAAUAAAAAAAUUAUAAUUCAAAUGUAGGUCGACCUAUAUCUUUUUAGAAAAACAAAAAAUUUAGAGCAUGACGCACCUUUACUUACCGCAAGCUCGGCUACUAAGUCUUGCUAGUCGAUGCGACAAGCUGCAUCCUCGUCAAAAGUGCCAGAGAAGUCAUCCUCAUCAGAUGCUUCACCGGCAUCCUCGACACAGCGAAUGACGUCGCCCUCGGCGCAUUUGUGUGUGUCGGGUAUGCAGCAUUUCCUAAAGCCAAUCUGAAUAAUCUCCACACUGGUUCUAUGGCGAGUGCUACAGAGAAGCUGCGUUAGCUCGCUACUUUUGCUUUGUUCACGAAUGUAGGUCGAUGCUAAUUUUGGGUAACAUUAAAAAAGAAAAAAAAAGGUCAGCCUAUAUUCAAAUAGAUAUGGUACUCUCUUAGUUUUCGCAUCAUUUGUUAUCUAUAAGUACAUGGAGGAGAGCAAAGAAAACUGCAGCUGGAUGUAACCACUUUCGUGAUGAGACAAGAGCCCGAAGUGUAGUUUCCGGUAUAAAAAGAAACAGCACACACCCUGCACUUUGGAUAACUGCUUCAGAUGCAGCAAUCCAGCAUAUUCUUUUGCUGGUCCUUUAGUGUGCGAAGAUUCAGCAAACUAUGUUUUUUUACCAAAUUCACAGCUCCCGCUGCUAUGCUUUACUUACCCUCUAUGGGACAGCAAUACAUAUACAUUUAACUUAUAGCCAGUAGUGGUAUCGGGUUUUGCACAACUCGUAAAAGUAUAUAAAGCCUAAUAUGUCACGUUGCUAUCUGCUGAAUGCACAGUGCAUCUAUUGGUAGGGUAUAGGACUUUUGCCUUUGAUCAAGUCACAUUGGACAUGUAUAGGCUCCUGAAGUAUGAGCUUGUCCUUGGUUGGAGCAAACCAAACACUGUGCACCCUUGUUGAAUGGCAUGGCAGAAGAGUCAAUAAGCAUACAAUAAGUAUUUGUUGUUCUGCAAGUUUCUAUGAUGAUGAAGAAUUGCACAUGUUAAAGGUGGCACUCAAAUCCUGCAGCUGCCUUAUGGUAUUUACAUUGUAGCAACAUAUAUGAAUUCACCUUUAUCCCUUGCCAGUGUCCCUUCUUUCUCCAAGUUUGGCUUCUCAGUAUAUUAUAGUGCUAUUUAGGAAAAAUUGAUGGCUGAAGAUGAGCUUACAAGCUCCCUUCAGCAUUCGAAGUCAUCAAGAAAGUGAUGUGUGCAGCAAAUACACUAAAAAUCCAUCUUCUGGACACAUAAUCCAGGAAUUCCCAAAGUAGCUCAUGGUGUCCAGCUAGACCAGCUUGCUUGCAUAGAGAUGCUGAUCGAGUGGAUCUUCAGUCAUAAGACAGGCGCAUGCUUUCGGACCUCGUAAUCAGCGCAUAACAAGCCUGAAGGAGGCAGAACAAAUGGGACUGGAAGCUCUGCUACGCAGCAGUAAAAAAUAUAUGCUGCACAAUAUUGCACAGAAUGUUUCACAGUAUUCUCUACAAUGCUGCACAGCCUUGUGUUCUAUGCCAAUAUUUCACGACUAAGAAAUGGCUACUUGACCCAAUGACACAGACAUCGCAUUGGUAAACUUGCCCACGAAAAAUAAAAUGGCAUGAUGUAAGCUGCAUAAGGUAGAAACCAUAGGCACACACACCCCAUAUCUGCACAAACACUUCCUUGCACAAGGUUACCACAUUGCAAAAACAGCUCACACUAUGUUUGAAGCCAUGCUGCAAAGAGUAUAAUGCAAGGUGCUUUUCUUCUUUUUUUUUUUUGCCUUAAGAUACAGGAAACUGAACUGCUAGUGACUGACGUCAGCGUGAGAGUCGACCUCUCGAUUUCCUAGUGAGAAUGAGGCUCGCAUGCGCAGAGUGGAGUGUGGAUUAGUGGAGAAGGGAAAGCACAACAAGGAGAUAGGGGGAGGGGGAGGUAAGUGGCACAAAGCAGCCUUCGUGUGGUGGGUUUGAAGGUGUCGAACAUUUUCACUUAGUAUGAUGUGCAACUUGUUAUCGCAGUGUACCCUGCAAAAUUCCCCAGUACAUAUGCAGGUGGCCUGUGUAGGUGCUCACACACACAAUUCUGAAGUGUUCUAGUCUAAGCCCAUGGCUUUUGUCACACUCAAAUUGUUAGUUUGUGCUCUAAUUUUGAUACAAUACUUUUUCUGAGUUGUCAAAAGCCCCCCCCUCCCCCUGCCCUGACAUUCCAAAUAAUUGCUCAAAAAGAUUUGACUGCUUCUGAAUUGACUACAUUUAACAGGCAAAUGAUUAAUUUACGCUUUGAUAUGUCACAUAACAUGUUCUGGCUAGCAUUUUUUGAAAUACUACUACUAAUAAAGUAAAAUUUAAACCCUCUGAAAAUCAGCAUCUUUGACUGUGGUAAGGAAAGAGUUAACCAUACAGUCCAACCAGGUGUUUGUUUCGUGUGCUUUUGUUCUGUAGCUUGCUUACUGUGGCCUGUGUACUUCAAGUUGUGGUGUAAACAUGAUUAUGGUACUUGUGGAAUUUAAACUGCAUAUACUUAACUGCCACUGAGAGACCAUCGCUUCCAAUUUUUUAAAUAUAUCGAACAGAGGUUGGGUUUGCAUGCGGCAUAUGCACAAAUUUGUAGCAUCUGAGAACCAAACAAGAACUUAUUGGAGCACAAUGUAUUGGAAUGUGGUUGUCUAAUGGAAGCAUUUUUUUCAUUUUGUACAGUAUUUAUUCCAUAUUUAUUGCUCUGUUUGUAGAGUUGACAGCACAUCAAUGACGUGUAAGGAAAUCAGUCCCUGUGGAAAGCAGUAUAGAAGAGCGUUUUCACACUGCUUGAUUGACCAAGUUUUCUGCAUAAUGUUGAAAAUGUGUUUUGUUGCAUGUUUCAUUCCUCACAAGAUCUAGGCAAUAUUGUACAAUGCUAUAGUAUUGCCAUUAGCUGCUGGUUUGGUUCAUUUCUGCCACUGACACGGUAUAUAAUAUCUAGUGCUUUCAUGUCAAAAUACGUAGACCAGUGCAGGAAUGCAUACUACAGAGCCCACAGUCGGGCAUUAAAGUUGACACAUAUGGCAUAACAUGGCACGUCUUCCUUUUUCGGGAGCAUAAUCUUUUUUUCUUUUUUUCUUUCCGUAAACCAGCUCCAAAGAGGCAUGGUGACACAUAGCGUAAGCAAAAACCGGUUGACUAAGCUGGCACUUAAUUUCAUUGCUGUACACCAGUUCGAACAGUGAACUUUUCUGAUUAACUUUGCGAAAGUUGCCCAAGUAUUAAUCUUGCCUUAGUAUUAAGUAGUAUUAAGCAUUAAGCUUGUCAGAAGUCUGUUUUGCUUAUGCUGAAAUGCGGCCACUUGUUCGUGACAAUACGUAGAUCCACAGCUUGCCUGUAGCACUCAUUAAUGGGGUCACUGCAUGAAAGCAGCUCACAUGGGACUGUAUAUAUUCGUCAGUGCCAUGAACCAUUUGUAGUAAGGCUGCUGCUUCUAACGGAUAGAGUUUGAACUUUCUGGCAUAUAUUAUGUCAUAAAUAGCCAGUUCAAGUCUAUCUGCCUUAAUUGCUUGCAGUGAUACUGUUAUUUAUUGUGCCAUCUUUGACAUGAUGACACAGACUGUUCCAGGCAUCACAUAUUGUACUGGAAUUGUUUUUAGUCGUAUAAGAGAGUUUUAGCCUGUCUGUACAUGCAUUGCAUUUUACGGAAAUAGGAGUACGUCAGGCACCUGAUAAUGGCAGCUGUAGCACUGGUAGUGACCUGUGGUUCAACCACAAAGCAUCAAAAAUGUUUUUGUAUUUCAUGCUGUUCUCACUAAAGGAAAAGAAAAGAACCACUCUACAUUCACGAUUGUGUUGCUUCUAAUGUCUCUAUGCCAGCAGUCAAGUAACACAGGCCUGUCAUUGCAGUAACAGUUUCAUCGCAAAAUGGUGCCACUAACACCACUGCUGAUAAUGUAUUGGUGCCUUUCCUUUUGCAAUGAGUGAUUGUCAGAUAAAUUUUAGAUUUGGCAAAUACAAAAUGUCCUCAAAGUCACUGGUGGCAAGGUACUAUAGACUGGGUGUGCCUGACCCUGCAAGUCUCUUGCACGCCACCAGUGUUCCAGUCUUCUUCUGGAUUUCUCUGCUGCAUCCCAGUACAGUUUUUAUGUGGGCUGCAUCCCAGUGUCAUAUUGAAUCCCAGUACAGAUGUUUUUUAUGUCAGCUCCUGGAAACCCUGCAUCACCGCUAGCAACCACUGCUUCAUCAGGCAGGUUCAUGUUCCCAUGCUUAGGCAUGUCCCCGGUGAAGCCGUGCAGUUUGAGUGCUGAGUGAUGGAGUAUAACAUGUGGUAUAGACUCCUCAACCAGGCCGCAGAGCAGGCACAUAGCGUCAAAGUUGUGUGUGUACAUUGCUCACAGCACUCAAGUGUACAGAAUUCUGGAUGUGGCUUCAUAUGGGAGCUUGCUUCUUUUUGAGUUUUUGUAUAGCGGUUUUCAUUCAAUUUUUGGUUUGACCUUAUAUGUAUAGGGACUCAAAGCGAGUCUCCUUGCUGCUGUCACCUUCCUUUUCCUUUUCAACAUUGACGCAGUCCCGCACUUUGCCUUGCCUAUCUUUUUGCGGUGGUUCCAUGAGGUGGCUUGGUAGAACUCCAUACGGCUCAGCAAGACGAUCCAUUUGGUGUUUCUGCAUUUCAGGUGGAUACAUUUUAACGCUUCACGCACCCAGCACCUGUCCGGUAUCUGGCUUAGCCUUGGCGCAUACCUGAGCUUUGAGACUGUAUCAUGUGCCUCAAAAGAGGACCAUUCCAUGUCUCCUCUGUAUCGCUUCCUUAAGUACCCCACCAUAAACUUCUAGGGCCGUCAUACCCGCUUCUCUCUAUCGUGUUUCUAGUCAUUGGCUUGUCACAUAAGACAGGCACAGCACAGAGUUCACGAACGUCAAAGCUGGUGCUGCAACUGCCUUCCAGAGCUCUCUGGCGACUUCAAGUUUGUUGGAGGGCCAGAGUGGCCCUGGAGCUCAGAAAGGUACACUUUGAGAUAGCUUUUUAUGUCAGCUCAGUUUGAUAGUGUCGACCGUAGUUCAUUGCUGGAGACAGUGUCACUCCCAUGCGUUUGUGGCAGGUCGUACAUUUAUCAGUGUUGCCCUGGAGUAUGAGCUUCGUUUUUGUACAUUGAGUGGUCCUUUCGUGAUUCAUCACCAUGCAUGCUGACUUAGCACAGCUGAAGAGUAGGCCAAGGAAUUGUGCCUCCUCUGAACACAUGUCCAACAACCGCUGCAGGUUUUUUGCAUUGCUGGCCAGAAGCACGGAUGUCACAAGCAUAGAAGAGGGCAGGUAGGCAAUGAGGGCAAACAGUUCCCUGAUCACAGUAGCUGAAAGCAAGACCCAUGUCACAUUCCAUCAGCUUCUCCAUGCCAGCAACAAAAAGCAUAAAGAGCAGAAGCAAAAGAGGGCACCUCUGGCACAGCCCUUUGAGUAAUUGUACUGGUUACAUCCUUUUGCCUUCUCAGUGGAUUACAGCUUCAUUACUCCUGUAUAGUGCUUCUAGGAUUUUCUAUAAGUUUGCAGGUAUAGCUUGUUCCUUUAGCAGUGCCCACAGCAGGUAAUGCUCCACUGAGUCAUAGGCACGUGAGAUAUCCAGGAAAGCUGGUAGUACAAGAUCCCUUUCCUCUUUCGCCACGAUCUCAAUAGCUUGUGCCACCACAAACACAUUAUCUUCCAGGCAGUCUCCCUGUCAAAAGCCAUUUUGGAACUCGCCAAGAACCCCUUCACCACAGAUGCCCAUACAUCUCCACAUGAUAUGGCAAAGGAGCUUGUACAGCGCCAAUGUAACAGCAAUUGGUCAGUAGCUGUCCUCUUGGUUCUUAUCGCUACUUUUCUUCAAGAUAAGCCUAAUAUGGGAGCACUUCCAGCUUUUGUGGAUUUCACCAUUCAUCAGAACCAUGCCACCAGUGUUCUGUAAAUGGUAAUGCAUAUAUGGACAAGCUAAAACUCUCUAUAGUUAGCACAUGGUAUUUACACAGGUUGUAGGUUUCUUAGAACAGUAUAUUUGAUGAGAGAUUAUAUGUGUGUCUUGAAGUUGAAAACACAGGAAGAACAGUCUGUUACCAGCAGUUAAAGUUUGUAUGUAAAAGGUCAUAUUCACAACAGAAUGUUGGUUUCCUCCAGCUCCAGCUUUAACCAAAUUUUCCUUCAUUUUCGUUUCAUGCAGAGGUGGAGGUGCAGUAAUCGUUUUCAGUAAAAAUUUGUCUUAAUGGCAACUUUAAAACAUCACAGCAUCUGUGCACUUGUUUCAAUAUGCCAUUUAUGAUCAAAAGGAGCAGGCAUAUUGAUGAUACCGCAUUUUCUUUCCCAGCGUGUAUUCACUCGUCAUUCAUUAAUGUGACCGUGCUUUUAAUAUGACUUGUUGCACUGCUGAGAAUGAGGUUUUGGGUUUGAUCGAGACUAUGGCAGCUGCAUUUCGAUGGGGGCAAAAUGCAAAAAUGCAUGUAUACUGUGCAUUGAGUGCACUUCAAGAAAAACCUCAGCUGGCCAAAAUUAAUACGGAGCCUUCCACUACGGCGUCCUUCUAACCCACUGUGAGGUUUCAGAAUUUUAAACCCCACAAUUUUUUUUUUCUAUUUAACCAUGUUUGAAGCAUUACAUAAAACUAAAGCCCCCUAAUACUUUUACUUUGAACUCUGGAUCGUUUGGACCUGCUUUGCAUGCUGUGCAUGUUGUAGGAGAUUGAUAGUGCUAUAACUGGUGCUUCAAAUUUGAUUGUGCUUUUGAAGUAAGAACUGGAGAACUUGAUGUUUUUGUUGUACCUAUUGUUCCUUGAUCUGUGCAUGCUUUUUAAAAGCAAACUUGCAUUAUUUUCAUAUAUAUGAGGCAGCUUUAUUCUUGCAAACAUCACUGACUGCUCACAAUGUAAUAAGAGAAAAACAUUUGAAAGUGUCAUGCCGCAUUCUUUCUUGAAAAUAGAGCUGUAUUGAAACACCCACUGAGCAGCAUGUUCCUUUGGCUAAAGGGGCAUGACACAGUUAUCCUACUAUUCUCAGUUUAUCAUUGUAACUGUUGUAACUGAGAGUAGAGGGGCCAAUAUGGCUACACACGCACAAAAAAACUGAGCUUUCAGUGCACAUUUAAACUUGAAAAUUUCAAUUUCAAAUCGCUGCCUUGUAGCCCCUCCAACCGACAGGGAUCACCAUUUUGGCCUAUUGACUGUGUGAUGUUCGGAAGUGUGGGCCCACCGCUGUGUUGUCUGCUCCGAAACAGUCCAAAAUCACAUCAGCCAUCUUGCACCGAACGCUCUUGCACACAAUGGUGCAGCAAGGGCAACACCGUUGAAUUGUGGCCACUAUUAUUUCACUUUUGUGAUAAAAGCAGCAUAAACUAGAGAAUUCAUGCAGGAACUAUCUGGGCUGAUUGUGGAGAUGCACAUGUGAGAACAAAAGGAUGCAUGGCAACCAUGAUGUAUUUCUGGCUCCUACAAUCAAUUCUGGCACUUGCAAUACAAUAUAAACAUGGCUUUUGAGAUUGGCUGCCAUUACUUCGAGGAAGCCAUUACUGGGGAUGAAUUUUCAUUUCAUCACCAGUUAGUGUUGCCAGACUGCUGUGUGAUUGAACUGUGGUAUAAAAAAUUUCAAAUAUAAACUUUCUGCUGCACUGAAUGCACAUAAAUUAUGCCAGUUGCUGUGCGACUCAUACAGUUUAACGUGCAAUGCAUAAUUUAAGCUAGAAAAUUUGGUGUGAUGGCCCCUUUUGUUACCCAAUUCCUGUGUUACCCACUCGUUUUAUAUGCCUUUUUUGUGUGAGGGUCAUAGUUUAAUGUGCCUGCAUGCUGAUAUCACAGAUAUGUUCUUGCUAUUGAAGCCUGGACAAAUUGAAAUGUUUGUGAUUUACAUUACUGUGAUCAUUGUUGUUUUAUGUACGAGUGAUGCAGCUACAUGCCCUAGAUGCUUGACCAGUGCUCAGCACUUUAUGGUCUUGUAGCUGCACAUGCUUGAAAAACACUAGUCUACUGCACAUGAACAUUCUCACUCAGAAAUAUAGCUCAGACUUGUGUCCCUCUGUACAUAGUGUUGAUUUCAUAGCCAUGAGCAACCAUUUUACACUAGCUGUAUAUGUAGAUACAAAUCGCAUCACUGACAAAUAAAGUGGUUCUUCACUGCA